UUCAGUCUAAGCAAAGACUUCAGCUCGCAUACAUCAACCAAUCACAAUGAGUUUUGCAAACAAAGUAGUGUUGGUUACUGGAGGAAGCUCUGGGAUAGGAGCAGCUACUGCUAUCCUUUUCUCUCGAGAAGGCGCUAAUGUGGUUAUAGUGGGAAGGAACGAGACAAAACUAUCUGAGACAGCCAAAAAGUGCUCGGAUCCUUUGGUCAUUAAAGCUGAUAUCACCAACAUGGAAGACGCUAAGAGAAUAAUUGACGAGACGAUUCAAGCGUAUGGGAAGAUCGACGUCCUAGUAAACAACGCAGGAAUCGUGAGAGACGGCAACAUACUGGAUGAGAACAUUCUAGAAACCUUCGAUGAAUUGAUGGAGACGAACCUACGAGCGUUAUUCCACAUGACCCACUUAGCUGUCCCACACAUUAUUGAGACAAAAGGAAAUAUAGUGAACAUAUCAAGUAUUGCUGGGAAAAUAUACCCUGAUGCCUGUCUAAUGGCCUAUGGAGUGUCGAAGGCCGCAGUGGACCAUUUAACAAGAGGACUCGCUCUACAGCUAGCAAAGUAUGGAGUGAGGGUGAACAAUAUAAGUCCUGGGCCGACUGUAUCUGAUGUCUUGAUAAAUGCCGGCAAUGAUACACCUUGGGAAGCUUUAGCACCUACUUUGCCGCUUGGUAAAGUCUCUGACGCUGAAGAGAUUGCCGAUGUCAUACUGUUUUUGGCUAGUGAUAAAGCUAGGAGCAUUACCGGUGUUGAUUAUGUGGUUGAUAACGGAAAGAUGCUGACUAAGUAACUUUUUAAUUGUAUAUAUAAGGUGUUCUAAAAUUAUCUGCCACGGCUUUAAUGAUAGGGGUAGUGUUGUAUUUGAAGAUUACAAUAGUGAAGAAAUUUCGUACCCGUAUAAAUUAAAUAAACUUCGACACUACUCUGCAUAAAUUGGUCACAAAUACGCACGACGCGUCGCUUCGUCAAUGAUAGCAAUUGUUGACAGAGACAGUGAAAGAGACAGCUCUAUCGUAACAAACUCAUACAUAGUUUUUUUUUUUUAAUAAAAUAAAUACUCCUAAUUAAUAAUUUAUAUUUUACUAUUCUAUUCUGAUCUUCAAACACAGUACUACCUCCCAUUAAAGCCGUGGUAGAUAAAGCUCCUUAUAUAAGGCAAAGUUAUUAUUUGUGUGUAGCUUUAUUGAAUUUAAAUUAAGUUAUAACAUUACAAUGAAAUAAUGUUUAAACUUGUAGUGAAUCUGUAGUUUGAGUUUAGAUGUAUUGCACUUUAUUGAUGUCUUUCAAUUAAAUGAUCACAUAUUG